CAUUGAUUCCGACUUUUCAUAGAAACAACAAACACAUUAUAGAUUAAAAAAUGGUGCUUCAUCAAAAUGUGAAUGUUGGGCAAAGGGUAGAGGUGAAAGUUCACAACAGAAUUUACAGAGGAACAGUCAAAUAUAAAGGUGCUAUUAUUCACAAACCAGGAGACUGGGUAGGAGUAUCAUUAGAAAAACCAGUUGAAGAUUAUUUGUUGACAGUUGGAGAUAAUGAUGGAAUGUUAAUGGGAAGAAGAUAUUUUCAGUGUAGCAAUGGACAUGGAGUUUUUGUCAGAGCCAAUUGUAUCAGAUUUAUUCCUCUGACUAGAUGGACCUACAACAAAUACCACAAAGUAGCAGACACAGCAGAGGUAGAUGAGCCAUUAUUUUAUUCAUCUCCAAAAGCAGCUGAUCCAACAAUGAUAUCAGAGGACAUGGAAAGGAGGAUGAAAACAGGUGCUUCAUUUGGUGAUAAUCCUUUCAGUAGAGCAAAGCGAUACCCUUUAACACAUUCAGUAGGGAAUCGUAUUCCAGCAGCAACAAUGACCAGAUCCAUGACUUCCUUGAGUUACACAACACGUCCAAUACAUGCUGAAUAUGACAUUGAAGAUGAUUUUAUAUCAUACCCCUCAAUACCCAGAACUCACAUGCCUUACUCUGCACUACGGAAUCAAGUAAAACGAGGCUGGGAAGGAGCACACUAUGUAAGAGAAAUGUCUGUAGGAACUGGAAGAGACUCAAUGAAAUUUAGUCAAUGGAAUGAUGUUUCACCAUAACUUUGUUUUAGUUUAUAUUCUAUUAUGGUGCACAGUAUUAUUUAAUUGAAAAUGAUAAAAUUUUAUUCAGCUCACUAAUGUUAUGCUGCAUGUAUUUGAUAGUAGACCUAGUCAGGAAAAAUUUAUUAAAACACGAUUGUUAAAAAAACCCAUUGAUUUUGCACAUUUUUUUUUUAAGAAAAAUAUUACUGAUAACAAAAAUGGGUUAUAUAAAUCAAAAUUGUGAGCAUAAGCUUCUUUUAUUUUUAUCAAUUUUAACUUUUUAAAAUUUGCUUGCAUUAUUUGAAUACUUUUAUGGAUAGUUUAGAUCAUGACUCUAAUUGAAUGGUCACGAUAAAUAAAAUUUAAUGGAUUCAUGGAUUUGUGUAGGUGUAUUCCAGGCAAAAAGGUUACCUGGAUAUAGUAAAUGUGACGAGAUUGCUCUUUUUCUAAAUCCUACCAGGCAUGCAAAAAAAUAACAAAUUUGAGAAACUGUUUUAUAGAAAUACUUUAAAAACUUAUGAAUUUUUCAUUUACAGAACCUCUUUUCCCCCAACUCAUUUUUUCUUAUAUUCACCUUAGUCAAUUGAGUAUUUCAAUUAUGAAAAAGAAACUAUAUAAUUGAGUUAUUGGAGUUCAAAGUACUUGAAAAGAACACAUACCAAUAAAAUAACAAUUUUGUCAACAUUGUUUUGAAUACUGGAGUCAACAUAUCUUAAAGAAUAUUAGGUUGUUGAGGCAGUUUUUAAAUUUUCACUGGGAGGUUGUGUGAAUUUUUCUUGUUACAAUAAUUGCACCUAAAUGAUUGCUGAAAUUCGGUUGGAUUUAAAAGAGGUUAGGAACAAAAUUCACCUAAAACCUUUUGUUUACAAAAAGACCAUAUGUAUUUGGCAAAUUAUAGAUAAAGGAAAGAACUUGCUUUGAAUGCAGAUUUCAUCCCAAAAUCUGUACAUUUAAACAUUUCAUUUUUUUUUUAUUGCUAUCCAUAAAACAGUCACCAGAGACUGGUGGAAAUCAUUCAUAUCCUUAGUUUUAACUGGUGAUUUUAUUUUUUUUAAAUUCACGAAAUUAAGAAACUGGUCAUAUUUUCAUAUGUAACUUAAAAUCAAACCACUUGUCUAUUUAUCUGAAUCAUAAAUAAAACAUCAUUUAUUUUAAACAAAAGUUUGCACCAAAAAAAAUCUCCAGGGGCAAUAUUUUUCUCGCAACGUGAGGUAACAAAUUGAAAAUUUCAACAUUGGCACCAACAGUGCAAUUCACUACUAUUACACUAAAUAAAUAUGCAUCAACGACAUUAAUAAAACUUGAUAAUUAAAAUCAUGAUUAUAAUUAGCGUGACAAAGUAUAGACCUGAGGGUUAUGAAAUAAUUCUUGAGAAAUCCCAAAAUUAAGUGCAAUUUUGAAUUUAUUUGGGUUUUGCAUACUGCAGAUGAAGAAUUAAAUGAGUUAGUAUAUUCGUGUAGCAUUUUACUCAUCAAUUUAGCACAAGAUAUUUAUGAAAUAAAAUAAUAGUUUUAUAUUAGUUAUCUUUGCUACUAAAUUUAGAGACUAGUAUUGAUAAGCAAAAACUCGUGUAUUUUUUUAUGAAUAGUAUGAGGUCACAUUAUUCAAGGCUCACAUUUUUAUAUGAUGAACUGGUUAAUGUCAAAUGAUUCAAGGCUCACAUUUUUAUUUGAACUGUUUAUGGUGACAUUAUUCAAGGCUCGCAUAUCUACAUGAACAGUUUCAGGUCACAUCAUUCAAAGCUCACGUUUUUAUAUGAACAGUUAGGUAACAUUUUUAUUAGCUCACCUGGCCCAUAGGGCCAAGUGAGCUUUUCUCAUCACUUGUCGUCCAUCGUCUGUUGUCCAUUGUCUUCUGUUAACUUUUACAAAAAUCUUCUUCUCUGAAACUACUGGGCCAAAUUUAACCAAACUAAGCCACAAUCAUCAUUGGGGUAUCUAGUUUCAUAAAUGUUUCAAGAUUAUAGGAGUUAUUGCCCCUAAAUGACAAAUUUUACCAUUUUUUUUUUCAUUUUUGCCUAUUAUCUUGAAAACUAUAAUAGAUAGAGAGAAACUUUCAAGUGCAAAAAUGAUCAGCAAGACAAGUUCUAAAAAAAAAAGUCUAAUGUUUUAAAUCGUCAGUCGACUCUUUAUUAAGAGUUAUUGCCCUUUGAUAUUUUUACCAAUUUUUUUUAAGUUUUUGCCUUAUAUCUUAAAAAUUAUAAUAGAUAGGUAGAAACUUAAAUAAGCAAAAAUGAUCAGCAAGACAAGAUCUACUAACAAGUCAAUUUUUGCCGAUAUAGUAAGUAGCAAUCACUCUUUAUUUGAGUGAUUGCUCUUAAAUUAGGAUUUUUUUUACCCUGUUUUGUGUUUUGAGCAAAAACUAAAGAAGAUAGAAAGUAACUAAGCAGUCUAAAUGAUCAGCAAUACGAGACCAAUAAAACAGAGAUAUUUGUCAUGAAUUCUGUUCUAGUCUACAAUGUUGGAGAAUGUCCUUUGUGGAAUAUGCUAAUAGACCAAUGUGAGCGACACAGACUCUUUAGAGCCUCUAGUUUUUAAUCCUGUUGUAUUUCAGUACAAUAUUUCUCUCAUUUAGUAUUCCUGACAAUUUUGUUAUGAUUUAUGUAUGAAAUACACACUCUACUUUAAAUUUCUGUGAUAUAAACCUUUAAUAUUAAGGUUGGAUACAUUAUGAAUGUCAUUAUUUCAUUAUUACUUAUGCUUAAAAAUAAAUAAAUAAAUACCCUUCAAUACAAAAGUUUGAAAUAUAUUGCAUGCUUGGUAUUGAUUAUAUACAGACGAACAUAUCCAAUUAUCCAUUUUAAUUUAAAUCUCAAUUUACAUACAUUUGUGACAUACAAACCUUGAAAAUGUGGAACUUUGUUAUUGUAAUCAUGUUAUUCUUUCAUAUGGCAUUUUCAUCACUGUAUAUUUUUUAUGGAGGAAGAGGGCGUGUACGUCUUUCAGUUUUGAAAAUAACUGAGUUUGCAAUAUUUGUUUUUUGUACUAAGGUGGCAGAAAUAAGAUAAAUAACAUUGCUGUGAUAAUUUGUUUUUGAUUUUUAUUGUUCGGUUUACUUUUCUAUCACUGUCAAGUACUGUUUUUAAUUGUUGAAGUUUUCUGUAUUUUUUUCUCUUUUUGACUAAGAAUUUAAAUUUGUAAAUUUUUGCCGAAGUUUUAUAUUUAUAUCAACUACUGUAAAUGAUUUUUGGAUGAAUUGCACGUUUUGUAUAAGAUCUGUUUAUGUGAGUUUUACAUGUUAUCUUGUUAAUCUUAUACCCUGAUUUGAAUAAGAUUAGUGUUUACCAGCACAAGCUCCACAAGUAAUUUUUUUGUUCUACCUCAAUCAGCAGUGGUGUAUCCAGAAAUUUUCAUAAGGGGAGCCCACUGACUGCCUAAGAGGGGACCUGCUCCAGUCAUGCUUCAGUGAUUCCCUAAAUAAUCAACCAAUUUUUCCCACAAAAGGGGGGCCUGGGCCCCCUUAAAUCUGCCUCUGAUCAGAUCAAAGCUUAUCUCCUUGAAUCAACUGAUGGAAUGCCUUUGUGUCAACAUCAUUCAAGAAGGACACUUUGACAUAAAGAGACAGAAUCAAAAAGAAACAAGAAAGGCUAUUAUCAGUUGCUGGAAAAUUUUAAACAAGAUUAAAAUGGCAAAGGAGAUAAUUUAUUCAAAAGCUUGGGUAUAUGACUUAUAAAAGCAUGUUGUUAUAACCCCACUUGCCAAGUGUGUUGUAUACUGGAAUUACCUGGUCAGUAUGUCUGUUUGUCCGUCAGUAAUAAUCGUAACAAUUUUUUCAGCUUCUGUAUUAAGGAAUGAUUCAACAAUAAGUCUCGAACUUCUUGUUCAAUGAUACUUUUAACUUUAUAUUAUACCCAUUGAGAAUGGAGUUUUUGUCCAUGCCUAAAUAAGAGUUUGGAUGUAAUAUGCAUGGCAUAAUCAUGGUUAUGUACAAGUUGUUUUUUUUUUUUUUUACUUUUAUCAAUGUUAACAGAAUUUGAAGAACAUUUUACUAAAUAUUUAUGAUCGUUAGAACUUUUUAUAGAAAUGUUUAUUUUAUACUUAUCUUGUAUUUUAGAACACUUGCUUCAAUUAUCACUUAUUUAUGAUUAGGAAAUAGUAUACAUUGAUACUGUAGUCAUUGUUAUAUAUUCUACUGAUGUUAUUUAUUUGUUUAUAAUAUUGCAUGUUUAAAUGUUCAGAAAAAAUAAACAGUGUUUAUGUUUAAA